AUGCCUCUCAUUGCCCAGAACCCCAAGCCCCGAGUGAUCCUCGGCCUCAUGACUUUUGGUCCCAGCGAGGACGAGGGCGCCCGAAUCACCGAUCUGGACACGUUCAACAAGGCCCUCGACGUUUUGCAGGCUCGGGGCUACAACGAGGUUGACACCGCGCGAGUCUACGUCGGCGGGGCUCAGGAAGCCUUUACGCGCGAGGCCAACUGGAAGAGCAGGGGCCUCACUCUGGCGACCAAGGUCCAGUACCCUUGGGCGAAUGGUCUGAACACGGCUGAAAAGGUCGUCGAGUCUGUCGAGAAGAGCUUGAAAGAGCUCGGAACCGAUAGCGUUGAUAUUCUAUAUCUUCACAGGCCUGACCGUGGAGUCCCAUUUGCGGAGACCCUGGAGGCCGUGGACCGUCUUCACAAGGCCGGCAAGUUCGUCAAGCUGGGCAUCAGCAACUUCACGGCUUUCGAGGUCGCCGAAGUCGUCCUGACAUGCAAGUACAACGGCUGGGUGCGUCCCACCAUCUACCAGGGCAUGUACAACGCCAUCACCCGCAACAUUGAGUCGGAGCUGUUCGUCGCGUGCCGGCGCUACGGGGUCGACAUCGUCGUGUACAACCCUCUUGCCGGCGGCCUGUUCUCCGGCAAGAUCAAGUCCAAGGACAUCCAGCCCCAAGAAGGGCGGUUCGCGGGGGACAAGGCGCAGGCGACCAACUACCGGAAGCGAUACUUCCGGGACGCCACCUUUGAGGCGCUCAAGAUUGUCGAGGAAGCGGCUGAGAAGGCGGGCCUGACGCUGAUUGAAGUUGCGCUGCGCUGGAUGGUUCACCACUCUGCGCUCAAGGUCAAGGACGGCAACGACGGCAUCAUCAUCGGCGUCUCCAGCGUGCAGCAGCUGGAGCAGAACCUGACCGAUUUGGAAAAGGGCCCGCUGCCGGAGGAGGUUGUGCAGGCGCUGGACGAUGCCUGGCGGGUGUCAAAGGCCGAUUCUGUCGUCUACUGGCAUGGAGAGUUGGAGUAUGGCUAUGACCCUCUGCAGGUCCUGUUUGGUGAAGGAGCGAAAUAA